AUGGUUGAUCAUAUUUCUUUAUUUACCUCAUUUCAAUCUAUCUAUCUAUCUAUCUAUCUAUCUAUCUAUAUCUAUCUCUAUCUAUCUAUCUAUCUAUCUAUCUAUAUAUCUAUCUCUCUCUCUCUAUUUAUCUAUCUCUUUAUCUAUCUAUCCUCUCUCUCUUUAUCUCUCUCUCUCUCUAUCUUUAUAUAUAUAUAUAUAUAUAUAUAUAUAUAUAUAUAUAUGACAUUAAAGACGACUGACAAGUUCAUGGAUAAAUAUCUUCCUCUCCCCAUUUUAAAAAUUCCCUCUCUCUCCAUAAUCAGUUUAUGUCAUUCUCUCCCCAUUCACCUUUCUCUUUUUCCUCUUUCUAACAAUUACAUUUUCUUUGUCGUCUCUUUUCCUUUUGUCAUCUCUCAUUCUCUCCCUCUUUUCUACCUCUCUUUUUUAUCCUUUUCUAACCUCCUUACAUUCUCUUUGUCGUCUUCUCCUUCCUGUCAUCUCAUCUAUAUCUUCCUCUCCCCACCAAUUAAAUAUUCCCUCUCUCUCCUAUAUUCAUCAGUUUCUGUCUUUCUCUCUCCCUCUUCUCACCUUAUCUCUGAACUUAUAUUCCCUCUUUCUAACCUCCUUACAUUCUUAAUUGUCGUCUGCUCCUUCCUGUCAUCUCAGUCUAUUUCCUCUGCCCACCAUAUCAAAUCUCUCCUUCCUCUCCAUCAUCAAUGUUUCUUUCUUUCUUCCUCUUCUCACCUUUCUAUUUUUUUUUUUCUCUUCCCUUACAUUCUCAUUGUCGUCUGCUCCUUCCUGUCAUCUCAGUCAUAUCUUCCUCUGCCCACCACUCAACUCUCUCCCUCUCUCUCCUCGCUCAUCAUCUAUCUUCCUCUCCCCACCACUCAACUCUCUCCCUCUCUCUCUCCGCUCAUCAGUUUCUGUCAUUCUCUCCCUCUUCUCACCUUUCUCUGUUUUCCUCUUUCUAACCUCCUUACAUUCUCUUUGUCGUCUGCUCCUUCCUGUCAUCUCAGUCUAUCUUCCUCUCCCCACCACUCAACUCUCUCCCUCUCUCUCCGCUCAUCAGUUUCUGUCAUUCUCUCCCUCUUCUCACCUUUCUCUGUUUUCCUCUUUCUAUCCUUAAUUCUCUUUUUCGUCUGCUCCUUCCUUAUAUCUCAGUCUAUCUUCCUCUCCCCACUUUCUCAUAUCUUUCCCUCUCUCUCUCGCUCAUCAGUUUCUGUCUUUCUCUCCCUUCUUCUUGAACCUUUCUCUUCUAUCUUCCUCUCCCCUUUUUUCUCUCCCUCUCUCUCUCCUCAUCAGUUUCUGUCUUUCUCUCUAUUUCUUUCUCAUCUUUCUCUAUCUUUCCUCUUUCUAACCUCCUUCUCUUUCUCUUUUCUCUUUCCUUCCUGUCAUCUCAGUCUAUCUUCCUCUGCCCACCACUCAAAUCUCUCCCUCUCUCUCCGCUCAUCAGUUUCUGUCUUUCUCUCCCUCUUCUCACCUUUCUCUGUUUUCCUCUUUCUAACCUCCUUACAUUCUCUUUGUCGUCUGCUCCUUCCUGUCAUCUCAGUCUAUCUUCCUCUGCCCACCACUCAACUCUCUCCCUCUCUCUCUCCGCUCAUCAGUUUCUGUCUUUCUCUCCCUCUUUCUUUAAUUCCUUUCUCAUUUUUCCUCUUUCUAACCUCCUUACAUUCUCAUUGUCUGUCUGCUCCUUCCUGUCAUCUCAGUCUAUCUUCCUCUAUAUUAACCACUUCUUUCUCCUCUCUCUCCGCUCAUCAGUUUCUGUCAUUCUCUCCCUCUUCUCUGUUAUUUCUCUCUUUUUUCUUUCUCCUUACAUUCUCUUUGUCGUCUGCUCCUUCCUUACAUCUCUUUUUGACUCUUCUUCUCUCCACUCUCUCUCUCUCUCUCUCUCAUCAAUUUCUGUUUUUUUCUCUCCCUCUUCUCACCUUUCUCUGUUUUCCUCUUUCUAACCUCCUUUCCAUUCUCUUGUCGUCUGCUCCUUCCUUCAUCUCAGUCUAUCUUCCUCUGCUCUCUCUCUCUCCCUCUCUCUCUCCGCUCAUCAGUUUCUGUCUUUCUCUCCCUCUUCUCACCUUUCUCUGUUUUUCUCUUUCUAACCUCCUUACAUUCUCUUUGUCGUCUGCUCCUUCCUGUCAUCUCUGUCUAUCUCCCUCUCCUCACCACUCAGCUCUCUCCCUCUCUCUCCGCUCAUCACUUUAUGUUUUCCUCCAUCUCCUCUCCUCUCAUUCUCUCUGUCUUCUUUUCCUUCGACUGUCUCCAUCUACCUCCUUUCAUCACAUUCUUUCUUCCUCUCCCUCUUCUCAUCUUUCUUUGUUUUCCUCCAUCUCCUCUCCUCUCAUUCUCUUUUUCUCCUUCCAGUAUUCUCUUUCCUUCCUCCUCUCCAUCCACUCUGAUCUCUCCCUCUCUCUUCACUUUCUGUCUUUCUCUCUCUAUUGUCCUCUAUCUCCACCUCUCUUAAUCUGUCUGUCUUCUUCUCCUUCCACCCAUCUCUAUCCGUCCUUUUCGCUAUCUCACUCUCUCUCAUCUCAUCACUAUGUCUUCUUCUCCCUCUUUACAUCUUUCUCUGUUUUCCUCCAUCACCUCCCUUCUCAUUCUUUCCCCCUUCUACUACUACCGGUCAUCUCUAUCCUUCACUCUUUCCCUCCACAGCCUCCUUCCUCUCUCUCCUCUAUCAUUUUCUCUGUCUUCUUCUUCUUCUUCUUCUCAUCUCUAUCUUUCCUCCUCUUCUUCCUCUCAGCUCCUCUACCUCUCUUUUCUCUCAUCAGUUUCUUUCUUUCUCUUCCUCUUCUCAUCUGUGUCUAUUUUCAACCAUUUCCUCUCCACGUUCUCUCUGUCUUCUUCUUCUUCUUCUUUCUUCUUCUUCUUCUCAAAUCUCUAUCUUUCCUCCUCUUCUUCCUUCUAUCAACCUCUCUUUUCUCUCAUCAGUUUCUUUCUUUCUCUUCCUCUUCUCAUCUGUGUCUAUUUUCAACCAUUUCCUCUCCACGUUCUCUCUGUCUUCUUCUUCUUCUUCUUCUUCUUCUUCUCAUCUCUAUAUUUCCUCCUCUUCUUCCUCUCAGCUCCUCUACCUCUCUUUCCUCUCAUCAGUUUCUUUCUACCUCUUCCUCUUCUCAUCUGUGUCUAUUUUCAACCAUUUCCUCUCCGUUCUCUCUGUCUUUAAAAAUUUUCUUCUUCUUCUUCUUCUUCUUCUUCUUCUUCUUCUUCUUGGAAUCUCUAUAUUUCCUCCUCUUCUUCCUCUCAUCAUCUCUAUUUAUCGCUCUUUCCUUCCACUCAGCUCUCUCCACUCUCUCUCCUCUCUCAUUUUCUCUGUUUUCUUCUUGUUAUCUCUAUCCAUCCUCCUCUCCCUCCGCUCAACUAUCUCUCUCUCUCUCUCUGUCACCCCCCCCUCUGAUUAUUUUCUAUUUAAAUUUGCAAUUGCAAAUAUCUAUCUACAUUGGCUAUUGUCCACUGAUUAACGUGUUCGUUCUUGUCCCACAUCUAUCUCUAUCUCUCUAUCUCUCUCCCUCUCUCCCUAUCUCUCUCUCUCUCUCUCUCUCUCUAUCUAUCUAUCUAUCUAUCUAUCUAUCUCUAUCUCUCUAUCUAUCUAUCUAUGUCAAAAUUAACUUACAGAUAUAUUCAUAUCUUGCGAAAUAA